AUGCCAUUCCCUCGACCAACCUCUCCGGUUUCGCUCGAAGUGUGCUCGCCUUCCGCAGAUGAUAUAGUUUCAGAUGAUGUGCUGGGCUCUGAUGAUGAGUUGGGCGAGGAUGCACGCAAUGCACAGCGUCAGAGGAUUGAGAAAUUGGCCGAAGCGUAUCUCCAAGGCGCCCCGCUCUUUAUUCUCUCCGCCUCUCUCAAAGGACCGUUCGAUCAAGGAUGGGUGAAUCCGUGGACAAAAAAGCGGAAAUCGCGCAGUGCAGCUGAGGAUUCCAGUGGCCCAGUAGUGCAGGAGACUGAUCCGCGGCCACGGAAGCAGUUACAUCAUGAGUCGCACGAGUCGUCCCGCCGUACGGAGACCUCCGUCGCUCCGUCAGAUGCCCCUAGUGAGAGCUCGCCGGUGAUCUCGAAACAUCAGAAAUCCCGCAAGCCAUUGCAGGAUAAGCAAAGUCGGAAUUCAGCAUCCGUACAAGGCACGCCCAAGAGAACAGUACCUUGGACCGGGGACGCUCAGUUGAAUUCGGAACUACGUAACAGCAGCAUCGCAAGGCCAACAGAUGACAACUGGUUAAAGAGGGACCGUAGGAGGAUUGGGUUCGGAAACUUCGAUCCGCCAACGUCGCCAACGACUACUGUGUCCACCCGUCUAUCCGAUACAAGAAGCCGACUACACCAGUCCCUUGUUCCCAGUCCCAGUCAUUCAAGCUCGAAAAAGACAGACACAAAGGAACCAGCAUCAUCACAGGUCGACCGGCUACAAGAAAGUCGCCGUCCCGAGUCUAUCGCCGAAAGCCAUUUCAGACCUUCGCCUAUCAGGCAACAGAACGUUCCGCAUUCCGUUACCCAUAAUGCUCAAUCCGACACCUCGUUCUGUAUUGUUUCAUCAUCAUCACAGUUGCCAAGAUUUGAAUUCCGUCGACGGAGGAAAAACUCCAAAUCAUCGACAAUGAAGCAAGCGGAGGAAGAACCACCCGCACCGUCAGAGACUGACAAGAAUGCUCAACAAGCGCAUGAACGGCAGCUUACACCUUCAAAGGAAUCCCCGAAGGAGUCAGCAAAGCGUGAAAAUGUGUACAAUGAGCCUUCCCGGCGUACUUUUACGUCGACUGCAGGCUCUCGUGCCUUUGACAGCCAUACUGCUUCUCGCUCAGGCCAAGGUCUUCUAGAAAGCCGGACGACUCAUGGGACCACUGAGAAUUUGCCUUCAGCCCAGCCAGUACCACCUAAUCCUGCUAUGGCAGACUAUGCUCCAUCCUUGCACUACACAGCACCACCGACGAGUGCGUCGGAGAAUGAUGAUGAUACUGGCCCAGUUCCACCGCUUUCCACCCAAGCAGCCCUACUCCAUGCACAGAAGUCUUUCCAAGAUGGGUUGGAAAGUCAAGUGGAGGACCAGCCCACAACAUCCUCAAAGAAACGACGCUCCUCUCGGUCUUCCCUCCCAAGCUCAACUACCUCACAGAAGAUCACACCCUUCCACCGUCUUAAUACACCCCAUCUUGCUCCAGAUAACAGUCCCUCAAAAACUGCCGCUGCUGUGAUGCCCAGUACGCAAUGUAUAGUCGAUGCCGUCACCCCUUUUACGUUCAGCACUGAACAGAAGCGUCAUCGCCAUGCCCAUAUUGAAUCCCUACCAAGAGUAAUGUCGAGCAACAAGAAGCAGAAAACCUCUAGUUUUCCGGACCGUUCUCCGAGUUCUUACUCCGACUGGUCGCCAUCGCCGGAAAGAGACCAAUCCGACUAUAGGAUCCAGAGUGCUGGGGAAAGCCCACGCGAUUCACAGCCUGGGAUAAACCCCAAUGACAAUAACCACGAACCCUCCCAGUCUACCGCAUUACCGCUGACAUUGUCGGGGACAACGCCGCCCACUGGGCAAGAUGGCCAGGGAGGUCUUGCAGGCGAGAGCUUCAACCUGAGCCAAGCAAUUGCCGAUGCUGGGAGCUGGCUGCAGGAAAGUUUUGAUUGGAAUAGGGACCUUCGCAGGUCCGGAAAUAACCCUGGUGCGUCGUCUGGAGAUGCGCAACGAUCUGCUUUGAAUUUGGAUACCCAUUAG